AUUCACAAUAAUAAUCACUAAUCACAAUCCUUAGAACAUUCUGUUGUUGUUAUUAUAAUAAUAUGGUAGAACGCAGUAUUCUAAGUUAUUAAUACAAUUUUAUGUUAAAGUACUAAUUACUUUAUUAUUUUUUUUAAAUAAAAUUUACUAUUUUAGUUUUUUAAUGACAGUUGUAAUAGUACUCUGUACAGACUAAACGAUAACACUAGUAUAUUGGCAGUGGGCACUAAAAUUAUUAUUAAUACUAAAUGAUUAUCGUUUUUGAACGAAUUAGUUGGCAUUUGACCAGUUACACUAUUUUAAUAUGUAUGAAAUAAAUAUAAGUAACAAUAAUUAAUCUUAACAUUUUAUAAACAUCAAUUAGCUUUAUGAUGCAUUUGUUUUUUUCUUCUCGCAUAUAGUCAAUAAGUAAUCUGAAUACAUGGUAAUCAGAUUAAAUACAAUAGUUUUUGAAGUGCAUCAAAAAUGGAUGAACAGGACCCUCUUGUAUUUGCUGACACAGUUAACAAUAGAUUAUUUGGGCUUCCAGAAGUAUUGGAUAAAAAUGUUGACAAUAUAAUUGUCAACGAAUGCAACACUGUCCUAACAAAACCACCAGACCGGUACAACUUAGGAUUUUUAAUAUUUUAUGUACUUGGUACUUGUCUUCUACUUCCAUGGUACUUUUUUAUGACUGCAAAUGAUUACUGGAUGUAUAAGCUACGAAAUUUGCCAAAUGAUACUCAAGUUAUUUUUCUUCUGCCAAAUGAAGAUCAUAGCCAUUCAAGACUUCAAGCUAACUUCACUUCUUUUCUUACCAUUGCCGCAUCAGUUCCUAGUUCACUAACCUUAUUACUAAAUACAUAUUUAGCUAAAAAGAUGUCAAUUCACUUUCGAAUGAUCAGUUCUUUGAUGUUAAUGCUUGUUUUGUUCACAAUUACAACAAUUUUAGUUAAUUUGGAUUCCGAUUCAUGGCAAAUAUUGUUCUUUAUAAUUACCUUAGGAACAGUUAUUUUUUUAAAUAUUGGAAGUUCUAUAAUGCAAGGAGCUGUGUUCAAUUUAGUCACCUUUUUUGACAGUAGCUACAUGACAGCAACUGUAUGUGGUCAAGCAUUGGGAGGCAUUGUUGCUGCAUUAGCUCAAAUAUUGGCUUUGUGGUGGGGUGCAUCGUCUGUCCACAGUGCCUUCGUUUAUUUCUUAUUUGCCGAUAUAUUCAUAUUGCUUUCUCUAGUUUUAUACGCUAUAUUAGUCAAAACAACUAUUUAUAAGUAUUAUGUUCAAGACGUACCUGCAAGCACCUGGAUUAGACGUUCAUCUUCUACACAAUAUGCUUUACUCGGAAAUGAACGAACCCCUAUUGCUGAUACAUAUGUGGUUUUAAAAAAGAUAUGGAAAUUGGGUUUGAGCACUUGCUAUAAUUUUUUAGUCACUAUGUCUGUUUACCCAGCAGUUACUGUAUUAAUAACUUCAGUGAACAAAGAACACACUGCCUGGACAGAUACAUAUUUUUUGCCAGUGAUAGCUUAUUUACUUUUCAGUACAUGUGAUUUCUUAGGAAGAGUAAUGUCAAACCUCAUACAACUGCCAGUUGAUAGUAUUUGGCCAUCCACAAUAUUAUCUGCUUUGAGAACUAUUUUUAUUCCCUUGAUGAUGGUCUGUAAUGCUAAGCCUCGUUAUUAUUUACCUGUAUUAAUAAAUGAUGAUCAGUUAUAUGCUGUUAUUAUGUCUAUCUUUGGUUUUACCAAUGGUAUAGUUUCUAACAUCACAAUGGCUUCUAUUCCCUAUUUUGUUGACAAACAUGAACAGGAAGUGGCGAGUUCAUUGAUGAUUACAUUCCUUGGUAUUGGCAUUUCUACAGGUUCAUUGAUAAGUUUUGGCAUGGUUAAUUUACUAUAAAAUGUACAAACAUAUAUACCGAUAUGGUAUAUUACAAAUUAUGCAGAUCUUUAUAACUUUAAGUUCUUCUUAUUAUCUAGAAUUUAUUUGUUCGUUAAUUUUAUAUUUUAAUUAGUUUAAUCAUCAUGUUAUCUACUUAUAAGUUUAACAACUAUAUUUUAUUUAUAAUUUUAUAUAUUUUUAGUCUACAUUUUUCAUUGAACAAAACAAUUAUAAAAAUUAUUUUCAGCUAUGCUAUGACUACUAAGCUUUCUCAGUCUUCUUAUUGAGUUAUAACUCAUGAUGGCUAUAAUAUUUUUUAAUGAUAUUUUUAUGUAUAUAGUAUAUACAUUUUUAAGGAUUUCUGU